GCUUUUUGUUGCAAAAAAAAAUACUCAAUGAGUUAAAGUUUUGUACGUGGGAGGAAGUAGGAAGUACUCCGUCACUGGAGCUCUGUUGAAACCAAGGCUUUAAAAAGACAAGGGGAAGCCUGUUCCCUGGAUCCGUGGCGAAUGGGCGGCGGCUCCAGCAAAGCCAGUGUCCCGUUCGCCUGAGCCGUGGAGCGCUGGACCGCGAGUCCGCAGGGGAUCCGACUGGAGCCGCAGCAGCGACUGGAAGCAGUUUUCUUCCUGUUUUAAAGACACCAGCCUGACAGUUCAUGUCCGAAGCGGUAUGGGGGGGGCCCUCUAAGGAUGGAGAUUAGUGUCAUGCAGAGCGGUGGCCCGGGUGGUGCUGGAGACGGGAAUACGGCCGCGACCCCCCUCCGUCUGGCGUCCUGCAGGCUGUGCCUUGGCGAGUUCCCCGGAGAGGCCUUCAGCAAACUGCAGUCCUGUGGCUGCCAGUUCUGCACCCCGUGCCUGCAGCAGUAUGUACAGCUGUCCAUACGAGAGAGUGGAGGGGGUCCCAUCACCUGUCCAGAUGCGGCCUGUGGGAGAGCUGGGGUCCUAGAGGACUCGGAGAUCAUCCGUUUUGCUCCAGAAGAGCAAGUGCAGCUGUAUGAAAAGCUGAAGUUUGAAAGAGAUGUGCAGCUGGAUCCGGCUAAGACAUUCUGCCCCUCGCCGCACUGCCAGGUGCUGUGCCGCGUGACGCCUGCCUUGGCGGGCCGCCCAGACCCUAUCACGUGCCCCGGCUGCCGCACCGUCUUCUGCUCCGUGUGCCGCGGGGGCUGGCAAGGCGGGCAUAACUGCUCAGAGCUCCGGCCGCUUGUGGCAUCAGAUGACAGGUGGCCAAGCGGCUCGGACGCAGACACCCCCAUAAAGCAGUGUCCCGCGUGCGGUGUCCACAUCGAGCGUGACCAGGGCUGCGCCCAGAUGCUCUGCAAGAGCUGCAAGCACACCUUCUGUUGGUAUUGCCUUCAGAACCUGGAUGGGGACAUAUUUCUGAGACACUACGACAAGGGGCCAUGCAAAUACAAGCUGGGUCACUCCCGGGCUUCGGUCAUCUGGAAUCGGACCCAGGUGGUCGGCAUCCUGGUCGGCGUCAGCCUCCUCGUCCUGGUGUCUUCCCCCCUGCUCCUACUGCUGUCACCAUGCAUCUUGUGCUGUGUCUGCAAGGGCUGCAAGGGCUGCAAGGGCAAUAAGAGGAAAAGGGAGCCGAACCAAGACGACUCCACCGUGUAGCUGCAGAGACUCCCCUCUACAAAAACAAAUGCACUCCGGACAUUAGGGGGAGUACUUCCCCCCCCCCAGUAUUUAAUUUGGCUUCAUUCAUCCCCCCAAUAACCAGACCUUUGUAUUUAAAUUAAGUUGUGUCCCCCCCAACCCCCCAGUCUCAAGCUCUCUCCUAUGCCAUUGCUUAAAAUUAUUACAAGAUAUACAAGUGAAGCUCUAAUCAAUUCCUAAUAAAAGCAAAAAAUAACUUCACAUUAUAAUUUUAUACAGUACGCACCUGUGGCAGGGUAAACCCGUUAGGGACGAGGGUUUAAUGUAUCAGCUAUCAUUUUAUUUUGCCUACUCUGUCUAAAACAAAUGCUCUGAUAAAAUGGACUGUAAGAUGUAAAUAUAUUUUAAUUUACUUUUCCUUUUGCAAUUUAUAUGUUCCUUAUUUGAUAUUUUGUAGUAAUUAAAACGGUGCAACAUAAAUAUAAAGAACAA